AUGUCCGUUCCGACAGUCAAGGCGGGCCGCAUCCUAGCAAAGCCGAUCCGCGACCGUAUCAAUAUUCACUACGAAAGCGAUGAUGACUGUGUUGUCUUCAUUCGCUGCAAUGGUGUAGAAUUCCAAAUCGAGUUGUCGCCUUUUUUCCUUUGCAAUUCGCCUCUUCUCACCGCGCGGUACCACAAGUUCAUCGCCGCGGUCAGGUACAGGAGCGGUAUGGGCGGAGAGGAAGGUGAUUCGGAGGAGGAAGAGCAUCCGGAAGACGUCCAAACCCAAUUCCAUGAUUGGAUCAUCGCUGUGUUCAAGCCUAUCUUCUCAACAGUGGCCCCGACCGUCCCGCCGUCUUUUGACCCCGACAUGAUUCGAACGGGGAAAGCCAAGCCGAUGCUGUCCGAGUAUCUUCUCCCUGAGACGCACCGAUGCCGGCUGGAAUCGGAAAACGACGAGCCCAUUCCGAUUCAUAUGCCAGAUAAGGAGAGUCAAUUUAUGGAACCCCUCUGUCAUGUUGAUCCAGACCUUGCACGAGAAGCCAAGGAGCUCGUCAAGUUCUUUGAUCCGUCCGCAGUUGAAGUCUGGUUUCAGCAUCCAAAACAAGCACUUGAGGACACACCUACUCGAGUGUUGGUCGACUUGGGUGGUUCGGGUGAGAAAACCACUUGCUUCUGCAAGGGAUUUGGGGCUGGGGAGUUUAUAGUACUGGAAAGAGAAUUGGAAACCCAUCUCCGGCUUCUGAAAUCCAAGGUCGUACCAGAGGCACGCGUGGUGCGUCUGCUUGGCGUUGUUGCAGUAGAGGAUGGCCGAGUAGCGGGUCUUCUGCUUCCUUACGUUGACUGCCGUCGCGACAACGACGGAGUGUUAGACGGCCUUUAUCUCUGCCGCAUCCCAGUCCUGCUAAGGGAACGCUGGGCGGGCCAGAUCAAAGAAGCGGUCCAACAACUCCACGAAGGAGGUGUUGUCUGGGGCGAUGCGAAGGCCGCUAACAUUCUGAUCGACAAGAAUGACGAUGCUUGGUUGAUCGACUUUGGGGCUGGCCAUACUGAAGGCUGGGUUGACGAGGAGAAGAGGGGCACCAAGGAAGGGGACUUGCAAGGAGUGGAGAAAAUUGUUGAAUAUCUGUUCAGUGAGGAGUAUAACUCGGAGUCUGCCUCGUCAGAUUAUGAUUUCGACUCGGCGUCGGAGUAG